AUGAGAAUGUUAUGGUGUUACACAGGCUCUGGCUCUUCACCGAAUCUUCCUCUGAUAUUCUGAAGGCAACCAUUUAAAAACCAAAGUUCAUCAUGGCAAUGCUGAAAAGCUGUCUGCUUCUUUUCUUCAUCUUCUCCAUGGGGGAUACAGAAGUGAAUGUUACAAGAAAUGUUAAUGGACUGGAUGCAGUUGGUUUAUCCAGAAGAUGCCCCACUACAUGGAUAAAACUUGGACUCCGAUGCUACAAGUUCAUUUCUCAUCCGACUAACUGGAUCACAGCAGAGAGAAACUGUCAAAGUCUUGGUGCGAAUCUCGCAUCUGUGCGUAAUAAACUGGAAAAUAAAUUCCUGCUGACUCUGUUGCCUUCUCCUUCCACACAUUCUUGGAUUGGUGGUCAUGAUGCUGUACAAGAAGGACAUUGGAUGUGGAGUGAUGGAACUGUGUUUUUGUAUACCCACUGGUGCACUAGACAACCUGACAAUUACCGUGCCGAGAACUGUUUGGAGAUCAACCUCUUCUCUAAGCGUUGCUGGAACGAUACGCAAUGUUCAAACUCAUUCUCCUAUAUUUGUGUCAAGGACCUGUGAGACCGUCAUGCUGAUCCACAGUUACUUUGAUUGAACAUUGCAUACAUCUUUCCGAUAUUAUCUUUUAAAAAAUGUUAUUCUGAAAUCAUAUCUCUUCUAAACUUUAAUCUCUUUUCAAUAUCUUCUCUGAAACACUCCUCAAAUUAAUAAAAGCAUUGUAACAACA